AUGGGUUUUGGUCGAUCAAAACGACGAUCAUCAAACGACCCCGACGACCUUAGAGAAGAAGAAGAAGACGAGGAGGAAGAGCUCACGCGAGGAGGAGGACCCACUCGUCCGCAACGAAGCACGAGAGGGAGAAGAAUUCGAUUAGGCGAAGAAGAUUCAGACUCAGACGACGACGACAUGAUGGAUGAAGAAAAGAAGGGAGGAAAACGACGAACAACAAGUAGGGAGAAGAAAAAAGUCUCGUACAAAGAAGAAGAAGAUAAAGACGACGACGAAUUCGUCGUCAACGAAGACGAAGAGGAGGAAGACGACGACGACGAUUUCAUCUCCUCCGAAGAAGAAGAGUUGGAGUCAGACGACGGCGAGUUCGCGAAUAUUCGAAGGAGCACGAGAGACAGACAAAAAGUACAACGGUUGAGUCCAGGGAGAGUCGAAGCGAUGAAACGAAGACGACGCGGGGAAGAUGCGAAUGGCGCGAAUGGUGGUAACAACGGAAUAAACUACAACGAAGACGCUAACGACGAUGAUUUCGAUGAUUUCAUCGUCGACGACGAGGAAAAGAAGAAAAAGAAGGACAACAGGGGUCGUCCGCGAAAAGACGGCGACGGCGGUGACAAUGGGAAGAAGAAAGGCGCGUUCUUUAGCGCGGGAACGCCACCGUCGGCGCCGAAGAAUGGCAGAAGACAGUCAGGUCGAUGGCUCGAUGAUACCGACGAUUCUGACGCGGACGGUUUCGACGCGUUGCACCAGAGUGCCGCUCCUCAAAGAGGUAUUGGGAAUACGAAUAACAUCGACAUCUCUCGAUUCGACGCUUUGUUAGGCGCUCCAGGAUAUACCGCCGACGGGGGCGGACCGAAGAAGAUUGGCGAAGCCAAGGAUGCAGAAAUUACUCCACUGACGGUGGAUCCUUCGUUGACGUUCAACGCCGUAGGAGGCCUGGAUAAAUACGUUGACGCUCUGAAAGAGAUGGUGUUCCUCCCGUUGCUCUAUCCGGAAAUCUUCGAACGGUUUAAAAUGACGCCGCCGCGCGGAGUGCUCUUAUACGGCGCUCCAGGAACUGGUAAGACGUUAAUCGCGAGAGCUUUAGCCGCAUCGUGUUCUCGCGCUGGGAGCGAAGUUUCGUUCUUCAUGAGAAAAGGAGCCGAUGUGCUUUCAAAAUGGGUCGGUGAAUCCGAGAGACAGUUGCGAUUGUUGUUCGAAGAAGCUUCCAAACGCCAACCGUCGAUUAUUUUCUUCGACGAAAUCGACGGUUUAGCUCCAGUGAGAAGUUCUAAGUCAGACCAGAUUCACAAUUCGCUCGUCGCGACGCUUUUAGCGCUCAUGGACGGUUUGGAUAAUCGCGGUCGCGUUGUUGUUUUAGGAGCGACAAAUAGAGUAGACUCCAUCGAUGGUGCGCUCAGAAGACCGGGGAGAUUUGACAGAGAGCUCGCGUUUCCGUUACCAGGCUUAUCGGCGCGCGCUGAAAUUUUGAAAAUUCAUACUCGAGGUUGGAAAAAGCCUCCGUCGACGACUUUAAUCAAUCAUUUGGCACAAAAAUGCGUCGGUUACUGCGGCGCCGAUUUGAAAGCGCUCUGUACGGAGUCCGCUAUUGCAGCUUUGCGAAGACGAUACCCGCAAAUUUACGCCACGGACGAUCGAUUAAAUCUCGAUCCUUCGCAAGUCGUUCCGGGAAGAGUAGAUUUUGAAACAGCGUUGAAGCAAAUUGUUCCUGCCGCGCAUCGAAGCGCAAAGACGUAUUCUGCUCCGCUGUCUGCACUAAUCCGUCCGCUUCUGGGUAACACGCUGAAGGAAAUUCUAGAAAUCGUUGGAGACGUGUACCCACCAGCGGCGUACAUUGCUAGUGAUGCGUCUUUGAACGAUGAAGAGGCGAACAACGAUAUCAUGAAAUCGACGACUGACCAGUUAGAAAUCGCGUACUACGACGACUCCGACGAUGAGGGCAACAACCUCCUUCUCGCCGAAGCAUCUACCGCGGGUGAUAAGGACGACUACGACGACGACGAGAUCAGAGGUAAAACGAAGAAAAAUACGUUGAAAAUCGCAGCUUCUGAAUUUAUUCGCUCGCCGCCUUCACAAAAUCCACGAUUGCUCGUCUGCGGUGAGCCUGGUUCUGGACAGGCGCACAUUGCUCCAGCGCUCUUACAUGCGCUCGAGCAGUUUGCGGUGCACGCAAUAUCCUUGCCCGCGCUCUUAUCGGAUGGCGGUAGAUUACCGGAAGAAGCUUUAGUCGCCGCGGUGACCGAGGCGCGAAGAGCGGCGCCUUCAAUUUUGUACCUUCCACACAUUCGCUUAUGGUGGGAAAGUGCCAACGCGACGUUGCGCGCGACGUUAUUGACUUUAUUAGACGAUAUCCCUCCAAAUUUACCCGUCAUGCUCUUAGCGACAGCGGAUUGCGAGAGAAAUGAGUUGGAUGAAGAGUUGGCCGAAGCUUUUGCGGGCGAGCAGCGCUCGUACGCGUUGACGAAGCCAAAGGAUGCAGAAAGAAAGGAAUAUUUUGAAGCUAUCGUUUCGGCGGCACUGAAUGCGGCGCGGAAACGAGACGAGCAAAUGAAGAAGAACGACGGCAAAACCGUGGCUUCCGCAAAAACUGGAUUGAAGAACGUCGCCGCCGCCGCGGUGGAAGAAAAGCUGGAAGUCUUGGAAAAAGCGAAAGAUGUCAACGCCGGGGCGAACGCCACCACUGCCGCAAACAAAGACGAGGCCGUGGAAGUGAGUCCAGAAGUCAUUCAAGCUGAAGAGCAGAUGUUAAGAAAGCAGCGCAUGUUCUUGCGGGACAUUGUGACGCGUUUACUCUUUAAGAAGCAGUGGUCCAAAUUAGCGGCGCCUAUUACCGACGCCGAGCUCGACGGGUACUCCAAGACUGUGCAAUCUCCGAUGGAUUUAUCCACUUUGCUUUGGAGAAUUGAUUCGAGCGCUUAUUUAACCAUAGAGUCGUUUCUGAAAGAUGUGCACUUGAUUGUCGUCGCAGCCGUACAGUAUUGGGGAGAGGAUUGUGAAGAUUCCAAAGGACGCCAGUUUGUCAGUCGAGCGUACGCGUUGGAAGAUACCAUCACGGAAAUGUGUCAACAAUUGGAUAAUCGAGUGAUUGAACGGUGCGUUGCGAUUGCGAAGCGUCGUUUGGGCGAAGUAGAAAGGUCCGAGGAGGACCAAAAGACGACGGGCCGGAAGCGGCAGAGAUCUUCGUCUCCGCUCCCGGCGGUCGCCGAGGAAGACGUGGAAAUGAAACAAGAGGAAGAGGAAGAAAAAGAAGCGCCUUCAAAUUCGAAAAAGAAGGAAAAAGAGGAAAUUAUAAAGGCGACUUUCGAUUUAGUGGACGAAUCGAGCGUUACAUCGGCGAAAGAGAAAGCGGUCACCGCACUUCUCGCGAAAUCCAACGCUGAAACGUGUUCUUUCUGUGAAAAUUUAGCUGGCGUGGUUGGUAGGAAAGUCCAAGGCGAAUUCGCAAAAAUCAAAACGCGCGAUAACGCCAGUUGGGCUAAAGCCGUGGUGAAAGUAUUCAAGGAAUCGAAGUUUUAA